AUGGAACCCUUGUCGGCCCUUGCUCUCUCCUGCAAUAUCCUCGACGUGGUAACAGCUGCUGGAAAGACCUGCUUCUUUCUUGUAGAAGUGCACAAGGCCGGCGCUUUCCCAAACCACGAUGAAUUGGUUUCAACCACGAAUCUUCUCGACAAGAGCGUCCAAGCUUUGACACAGCAACUUUCGAACGCACACGGUGUGAGCCAGACGUGCCAGGCGGACGACAAAGAGCUGCUUGACAUAUCGCAGAGAGCUCGAAAGCUGGCGUCUGAUUUACAGAAGAAGCUCGACGCUCUAAAGUUACAGACCACAGACUCCAGGAGCAAGCGCUUCGAAAAGGUGGUAAAGACUGUGCUGCAGAAGGGCAAAAUCUACGACCUUGAGCGGAGGUGGAAAGAGCUCCGCGAGGCUGUCGGAUUUGCCUUGACCGUACGCUCGACUAUUAAUUCAGAGAAGAACGCGACGAACACAAAUGACCGUUUUGUCGACGUGGCGCGACAGCUCACCCAAGGACUCUCCCACCUGAAUACCAUCAGUGCCGAGGUAAAACAUGAGAGCGUUAAGACUCGUCUUGCAAUAACUGAUGAAACUCAAUCAAUCCGCGCCAAGGUGGCCGCUGAGGCGGAGACAGGUCGACACCACACAAGUCACGAAGUCGCAAAAGGUCGGGCAGUAUCCAAGGCCGAGGCGCAAAGGACCAGGCAACACAUUACGAUUGAAUCUACCUCGAAUCGAGUGGAACUUCGCAACGCUCAUCGAUCGACCGUUGGACAGGUCGGUCGCCGCAUCGACCUCGCACACCAGAAAACGAGGUCUCAACUUCAAAAUAGGCUAGAGUCCAUGCGAAAGGUGGCUUUGGACGAGAAGACAAGGUUGCGGUUCAUCAACAGUUUCAAGAUUCCAGAACUGAAUGAGCGGCGGCACCAAAUAUCGGACGCUCACCCCCGCACGUAUGAAUGGAUCUUUGCGGAAAACCUGGAGACACAAUACCCGGCGACAACAGGCAUCAGGAGAUCCUGGGACAGCUUCACUGACUGGCUCUUGUCAUCGUCCCCGAUGUAUUGGAUUCACGGCAAAGCUGGGAGCGGGAAAUCCACGUUGAUGCAUUUCAUGUCCAAGCAUGAAAAGACUCAAAAACUGUUAGACAAGUGGGCGAGACCGCGGACAGCGAUCGUCCUGAGUUGGUACUUCUGGAACUCAGGGAGUCAGGCCCAGCGGAGUCUGAAGGGCGCUCUCUGUGCACUACUGUAUCAGCUCGUUUCUAUCCACCCUGAGAUUGCAACCGAAAUCCUGAGAAAAGAACCUCUUCUCGGUCGCCGAGAUACUGCAGCAGAUUGGUCCGAAGCGGACCUAAUCAACCUGGCCCCCAAGAUGUUCUCAACGUUUAAUGGGCACAUCGCCGUGUUCAUUGACGGACUUGACGAGUUUGACAGAGACGAGGACAUCAAGGCAUUAUUCGAUCUGCUGCACUCCCUUACCAAAACAUCUAGGGUCAAAAUCUGCUUCUCAAGUCGACCAGAACGACAAUUGGAGCUCGAGCUGGGCCACCUUCCACAGCUACGACUACAAGACAUGACCUCUCAUGAUAUGAAACAUUACAUCACCGAUAGGUUGCGGCCAGCAUUUCCACAUUGGAGCUCCAUAGAAAUCAACGACUUUGUUGAGAAAAUAGUGCACAAGGCCGACGGAGUAUUUUUGUGGGUAUAUCUCGUCACAAAGAACCUCCAACAAGGCUCACUACACUCAGACAGCUACGGUGUUCUGUUGGAACGGCUAGAAGUCCUGCCCGCGAAGAUGGAGGCCCUGUACGAGCAUAUGUGGCGAUCACUCAAUGGAGACGAACACUUGCCGACCUAUCGUAGACAAGCCGCACUCUUUUUCAGCUUUCACGCCCACUUCCCCCUGUCAUUGGUCGAUUUCGUACUCGCUACGGAUGAAGAUCUGUGCGGCAUGGCAUCCGAUAUGACGCAGGCUGAUAUUGUUACCAAUAAGCUCCACAAGGCAUGCGUCCAGAUGCAUUCCUUGUUGCAGACUCGGUGUGCAGGGCUUCUCGAAAUAGGGCCUCAGAAGGAGGCCACAACAAGAAUCCCGCGUUGGCUGUAUAGGGAAUGCGAAGCAGACUUUAACCUCUUGACAGCAAAAUUCGAGACAGACUCCAACGAUAUGGAUCAGACUGUCCGAUUGUCGAGGGCUCUCAAAAACCUAGGAACGGUGCGGUUCUUUCAUCGUACUGCAAGAGACUUUCUGCUCGAUAAACCUGCAGGGCAAGAGCUCAUGAAACAGCACUCCUUGUCCGGACAAGAUAUGGCUCAGAGACUGUUGAAGGCCCGUUUGGCAACGCGACUCUCUGGCAUUUAUCAUCCUGCGCAUUUUCAAGAAACUAAACACUGGCGCUGGUUCGAGAGAGUGGGCUGGCAUCAAAUGGUCAGUUUGAUAGGGGAUUUGGACAAAAGUGGUGCAGACGAACAAGUUGCGGAGUUCCAGUACAAGCUGUUACAGCUAAUCGACACUACAUACCGCCAGAAAUUGAUACCCAGAUGGCAUAAAUCCAUUGAUCCGGCCAGUCGGCGCAAUUGGUUCCUGGCGAUAGCCUACCCAUCCGAUCCGCUGGAUCUAUGGGGGGCUGUGAUGUCGAAUAUCUCGUCAAGCGCCCUUACUACAAGAAUACUACAAGACGGCCCUGGAGAUAAGGAGUUUGCAACAUACCUUCUCUAUGAGUUGUGUCGCAAGGAGGAGUAUAUGCAAGCAGACCUUCGAUCAGUACGAGUCUUGCUUGGCGCUGGUGCAAAUCCAAACGCGACCGAUAAAUUAAGUUCCAAGUCCGGCCGCAAGAACAGUCUAUGGCAUCGGUUUGUGAUACGCUUCAUGAAGCAAGCACGAGAGAAGCCUACCGAGUCAAUUGACCAAGCCAUGCAAGCGCAAGGUAUCGCGACAGUUAAAUGCUUUUUGCACCAUGGUGCCGAUCUGUUCGAGCGUGCAGUGGUCGUGAGGAGCCUGGACAUAACGAUCUGUACGGAGACUAUCCUCCAAAUUGGCUUGAAUCCCUCUUAUCCAUUCGCGGGUUUGCGUGCGGGAGAUAUCUUCUCCGCCGUGAACGGCGCAUACCUGCUACGCCGCUUAAGUUUGACGAUCCCAGAUGCCUGCAGAGAAGGAAAACUCGAAGAAUUCACAACACGGGGGGAUGUAGCGCCUUUGCGUCAAGAUUUGGCCAUAGCGGACCUCCACGGCAUGCUCUAUCGGCUGUCGUCGGAUGAUCCAGAUCCGCUCCAGGAAAUGAUUGCCACUAGGCGUAGUGGUAGACGGGACCGAGAGAGCAUAGUAUCGACACUUGCUCCACAAUUCUUUCACUCAGACCGACAAGUGCGGUUGUGUGUUCUGCUGGAAGAGCAGGCAUGUGCGCCGGAGGUGAAGACCAAGAUCGAGGAUGGGCAAAGCCGGAUCGACAGCUUGAAGUGGUCCUUUCGGUAUCAGGCGGCAAAGAGGGUAAGGACAAUGUUGCAUUUCUGCGUGGACGAGAUGGAUGAUUUAUUUUUCCCGGAUGCCGCUGGAAAGAUGCUCGCGCGCCUUUCGAACUUCCGAGACCGUUUCGGAUUGUUGGCUGAAUCUACUUUGGCCAAACACGAACUCGAGACAGUAGAAGAGUCGUUCUGGCCCAAAUUUUGCAAGGUGUAUGAUGAACAUUUGGGUAGACUCGAAAGCCAGGCCGACCGGAGUCCAGGCUCGUACUACCCCCUCACACGGCUCAACGCAGAGAUCCAUGACAUGGCCGAUAUGUUAAGGUCACAUGGAUUCAAGAAGCUAGGCUUCACAGGGACACAAUUCGCAUUGGACAAUGAAGGUCGCCGGAUACCUUUCUGUUCCAGGGGACCUCUCAGGGGAUUGAUCCUGCUUAGUCGUACGCAAGAAGAGCCUCCAGCGUCCUAUGACUCUUCGCAGGCCACAGAUCCCGAGCAAGGAAGAGUGUAA